AUGGCUGAUCUUUUGGCAUUCAGUCCACUCACACUGCACUAUGCCUACUUUAUUCUUACACCUGCCAUUGGCAGUGUCAUAUUCUACACGGCUUCGUCGCAUAUCCAUGGUCUCCACUAUUCCGAUGCCUUGUUCAUGUGUUUCAGCGCUAUGACAGGGACUGGACUGAGCGUGCUGACUUUAUCUAAGAUGGACCUGUCUACACUAAACCCUUUACAGCAGGGCACCUUGUUUUGCCUUCUUAUCCUCGGACAUGCUUUUCCCAUCUUCGCAAUCAUCUCUCUAUUUCGUGUCUGGAAGCUACGAUCUGCUCUGCGACGUAAAUCAAACAGGGGAAAACAAAACCAAAUGGCCUGUAACAAACAGGGUGUUGUUUCUGCCAAAGCCAUAGGCAACGCAAAAGCCACCACUGUAGUGAGAGAAGUUCGACCAGAGGUUUCGUCUCCCUGUGAGCCUGAAGGAUCGUCCGACGACUAUGGCUUUAUCGUUGUCACAGACCCGAAACGUCCCGAGCAAAGCCGGCAAGUCACCGAGAAGGACGUCGGAAAUCGCAAGGUACUUAUGCCACGCCUGAGUUCCUGGCUAAAGGGCAUUGUGCAACGAGCAGGCAAACCCCUCUCCUGCAGGGAAUCGACCAACUGCAAAGAACUAGACGAGGUAGAGUACAGAGCACUUGUCUUAACGGCAGUACUUAUCAUACUAUAUUUCAUCGGCUUCCUCAUUCUCGGUAUCGUGAGCAUCGGCCUCUGGUCAAAGUUCGUCCGCCCAGACAUUCCACGGGAGGAUGGAGCCUCCCCUUUUUGGGCAGGAGCUUUCCUUGCUACAUCUGCGCUCUGCAACAACGGCAUGUCCCUCAUUGAUAUUAAUAUGGGCGCUUAUCAAAAGGAGUGGGUGAUUUGUCGCAGAAAACCCUUUCCACUUCUUGCCUGCGGCAUUCUUAUCCUUGCUGGAAACACCCUUUUUCCUUGCUUAUUAAGAUUCCUCAUCUGGGGUUUGAGAAAGAUGUUGCCGAAUAAACCCACUUGGCAGCUGUGGCGACGAUCUUUCGAUUUUACCCUCACACAAUCCCAAAAGGCCUGCGCUUAUUUAUACCCUGCUUGGCAUACUUGGUUUCUAUUGGGCACAGUCGUGAUUCUCAAUGCCAUCAUGUGGGGUGCUUUCGAGGUUUCUGCGAUCAAUAACGAGGAGAUUGGCUCUCUUCCGGUCAAGUUCCGGGUCCUGAGAUGGGCUCUUCCAGGCUUUAGGGGUUGCUUAUUCUAUACGGUACGUGCUUCUUUCCCCAAAAAUGGAACUCCCGCAUUGAAUAGGCAAUUUGCUAAGCGAACUUUAGUCUUCAUGAUGCCACUAUCAGGUAUGGCAACUCCCAAUCACUGCUUGCAAAUCCAUUCUGACAUAUAUAGCAGCACCAACAUCGCAAAAACACAGUCCACAGACCUACCUCAGAAAGAAUCCCGUCGCUCGAGCCUCUCAGGUCUUCCUCAUGCCCGUUUCGUUUACCAACAACUUCGCUCUCAAUUCAGCCACGAUAUUUGGUGGCUCUCCCUCGCCAUUCUUCUCAUAACCAUUACCGAAUCGGAUCACUUCGAAGCCGAUCCCUUGGCCUUUUCUACCUUUAGGAUCAUUUUUGAAGCCGUGUCUGCAUACAGCUACGUCGGUGUGAGUUUUGGGUGUCCCGGCCAAACCUAUUCGUUCUGUGGUGCGUGGCACACAUUUAGCAAGGUAUUGCUAAUUGCAGUUGCAUUGCGAGGAAGACAUCGUGGCCUGUCGGCUAUUUUGGGUAAUGCCGAUCUUUUUCCCCAAUCACGGGGAGGCACCGGAGAAGAAAACAGGGAGUUGGAGAAGAACGGGCAUGUAAAUACGAAGGAAACGUCGGUUGGCUGCGUUUAA